UAAUAAAUUAAAAUGAAUGGAAGGCAGCAAAAUGACUUCUUAAUACGAAAAGGAAGAAUCAAAAACAUUGAAAAGCUCAUAUUUGAUAAUAAACGAAAAGUUGGUGGCUCUGUAAAUGAUAGAUUCAAGACUGCAAUUGCAGGUAAAAUGAGAAGAAGGAGUAAAUCAAAGCAUCAGAUAGAAGGAAACAAACCUCGGGUUUUCUCCGUUGGAGAUACUAACAAAGCUAAUCAUUCUAUCCAUCAGGAGGAUCACCAAAGAAGUCUUGCGAGUCCUUUAUAUAAAAAUGGAAAAAUAAACCUAGAUAAUAGCUCAUUAAAAGCUCAUAAUUCAAUUAAUACAAAUGCCACAAGAAUGAGGUUUAGAAAUCGAGUCUUUAGUCCAGUUGAGCAAAGAAGGCCAAUUUUAAAAAGUAAGAACCAGAUCCAAGAAAUCAGGCAGACAUCUUUUGCUUCAAAGAUCAUUAACAAAGGAAUAAGAUCUAAGCCUUCAUCCCCAAUCCAAAACAAAGUUAUAAACCUAGCCGCAAGGAAUGAGAAGUUUAUAAAUAACAGUGCGAAAUUUAAUACCUUGUCCCAAAACAGGUCGAAUAGGAGUCAAUCUUCCUCUCCGAAAGAGACAGUGUUCUCUCAAGAGAGGUUGAACAAGUUCAUACAGAAUAUCACUAAGAAGAAAGACAUUAGGUAUGGUUAAAAGUAUUG